UCCGAGCAAAUCCCAAAAAGAUUAAAAAGAUCAGAAGAAAAAGAAAACCAUUAUCUCCGUGAGCUUGAGAAACCCUGGAAUCCUGAAUUCACACUCAUAGUAGCUAAAUCCUAACCUGAAAGUUCCUUGAAACUGUUGAACUCAAGUACUUAACUACUGAAAAAUUGCAGAUAAUGGCAGUCUCAGUUCCUCUUCUCCACCAUCUUCUGAAACCCCAUCCUCCUUCUUUCCUCUUCUUAGAACCCCUCUGUUUAACUAGCUCUCUCCAUUUACAUAAACCUCUACGUUCUUUCAUCAUAAACCCUAAUUCUCAUUCUUCAUCUUCUACUGUUUCUUACUUCCUUAAACCCUCAUCUUCUUACUUAUCUUCAUCAUCUUUUUCACAUCCCCAAAUUAUCUCUACUAGGGUUUUGCUUAAUCAAGACAGAGAAUUCGACCUUGAUACUGAAAAUGAAAUCGAAGAAGAAUUCCUAACGGAAGAUGAAGGAGUGGAAGCAGAAGAAGUGGAAGACGAAAUAAUAGGUGAAGCUCAAAUUGAACAAGAACUGGAACCAUUGACAGAAUUGGAAGUACCUGUUUUGACUAUGAAAGAAAAGAAAGAACUUGCAUCUUAUGCUCAUAGUCUAGGAAAGAAACUUAAAUCUCAACAAGUUGGUAAAUCUGGUGUUACUUCUUCUCAAGCUGCUGCAUUCAUUGAAAACCUUGAAUCCAAUGAGCUCCUUAAGCUCAAAAUACAUAACAGCUGUCCAGGGGAGCUAGUUGAUGUGGUGAGGGCAUUGGAGAAAUCAACUGGAUCAGUAGCUGUGGGUCAGAUUGGCCGGUCUGUAAUUCUAUACAGACCCAGCAUUACCAAAUUAAAAGCAGCAGAGAAACGAAACCAAGAAAGAAAAGUAUAUGUGAGAAAAGGAUACACACCGAGACCCACUGAUACGUUGCUGAAGAAAGUGGAAGUGCCAAGAUUCUCUGGAAGCGGUCCCGUGGAAGACGUGUUCAAACUCACCCUACCCGUACCCGAUCAUAGUUUGCUAUAAUCCUAUAUUCCCAAAGAGAGAGGGAAGGAUAUUUCAAAAUGCAAGUUUCUGCUAGUGUAAGUUGGUAAGAUCAUUCUUACGCUAUGUUUUGUAUGGAAACCUGUUUGUCUGUGCAUACGCAAACGUUUUGAGUCCAUGCUAUACAAAAUUAAUCACCAACCUAGUAUAGCAGGUCUUUUUUGUUGGAGUGUAAAUUUGUAUCAUCAUCUCUCAAUCUAUCAUGGUAAAAGAAAAAAAACUUAAGGCGCAA